AGAAAGAGAAAGGCAAAGGAGGAAGGAGCGCGAUCAGGAAGGAAGAGGAGGAGUAACCAGAGGAGGGUUGCAAGGAGCAGAACCUGGAUCAGUCCCACCUCUGACCCCCAGAGGGGCUCGCUCCGUCCCACCACCAGGUGGCGCUGUAGGGAAGGACCACCAUGCCAGUGACCCGGGGCAGGGGGGAUCUGGGCGGGCGUCUGCUGCUACCUGGCCUGGUGCCCCUGGUGCUUCUCCUGGCCCACCAGGGGCUCUCCCACCCCCAGUGUCUUGACUACAAGCCCCCCUUCCAGCCACGCGAGCCCCUGGUCUUCUGCAAGGCCUACGCCAAGUUUGGAUGCUGCGAUUUGGAGAAGGAUGAAGAGAUCUCCCAGAGGUUCUACCAGAUUAUGGACAACUUUGAUUACGCAGGCUACGUUAGCUGUGGGAAAUACAUACGCAGCAUCCUCUGCCAGGAGUGUUCUCCUUACUCCGCCCACCUGUUCGACGCGGAGGAUGCCAACACGCCCAUGCGGGUUCUCCCGGGCCUGUGUGGCGACUACUGCUCCGACUACUGGCACCAGUGCCGCUACACGCUCAGCCUCCUGACCGACAGCUUUAACGCCAGCGCCCUGGCCGCCAUGGAGGAGGACAGGACCCGCUUCUGCUCCUUCCUGGAGCUGCGCGACCGCCAAUACUGCUACCCCAACGUGCUGACCAACACCCAGCUCAACGCCAACCUGGGCGCGGUGCGCGAGGACCCCGAGGGCUGCCUGGAGCUGUGCCUGCAGGAGGCGGCCAACGGGCUGAGGAACCCCGUCGCCAUGGUGCACGCCGACGACGGCACGCACCGGUUCUUCGUGGCGGAGCAGCUGGGCUACGUGUGGACGUACCUGGCCAACGGGUCGCGGGUCGACCGGCCUUUCUUGAACCUGACGCGCGCGGUGCUGACGUCGCCGUGGGCGGGGGACGAGCGGGGGUUCCUGUGCCUGGCGCUGCAUCCUCGGUUCGCCGCCGUGGGGAAGGUGUACGUGUACUACUCGGUCUCCGUGAAGAAGGAGGAGAGGAUCCGCAUCAGCGAGUUCACCCUGCACCCAGACGACAUGAACCAGCUGGACCACUCCUCUGAGAGGACCAUUUUGGAGGUGGUGGAACCAGCGUCCAAUCACAACGGAGGACAGCUACUCUUCGGCCAUGACGGUUACCUCUACAUCUUCAUAGGGGAUGGGGGGAGGGCCGGAGACCCCUUCGGCAAGUUUGGAAACUCCCAGAACAAGUCCACUCACCUUGGGAAGGCGCUGCGCAUCGACGUGGACAACAACGACGACGGCGCCCCCUACGGCAUCCCGUCAGACAACCCCUUCGUGGGCGAGCGGGGCGCCCUGCCAGAGAUCUACGCCUACGGCGUGAGGAACAUGUGGCGCUGCUCCUUCGACCGCGGCGAUCCGGUGAGCGGUACCGGGCGGAGCCGGCUGUUCUGUGGGGACGUGGGGCAGAACAAGUUCGAGGAGGUGGACCUGGUUGUGAAGGGGGGUAACUACGGCUGGAGAGCUAAGGAGGGGUUCUUCUGCUACGACCACAAACUCUGCCGAAACUCCUCCCUGGACGACAUCCUACCUAUCUUUGCCUACCCCCACAAACUGGGCAAGUCUGUGACAGGAGGUUACAUCUACCGAGGCUGCCAAAUGCCCAACCUCAACGGACUCUAUAUCUUCGGGGAUUUCAUGAGUGGGCGUCUGAUGUCCUUGAGAGAGAACAAGACGACAGGGAAAUGGAACUACAAUGAGAUCUGCAUGGGCAGAGACCGGACUUGCAGUUUCCCCAAACUCAUCAACAGUUACUACAAAUACAUCAUCUCCUUUGCUGAGGACGAAGCCGGGGAGCUGUACUUUCUGGCCACAGGGGCCCCCAGUGCCACUGCCAGGGCUGGAGUCGUCUACAAGAUAGUAGACCCCUCCAGGAGAGCUCCCCCUGGCAAGUGUAGCUUCAAGCCAGCACCAGUCAAGAUAAAGGGCAAGCUGAUUCACUUCCACCCCAAGGAGGAGUUCAUCAUCAACAAGAAGCCCACGACAACCGCUGCCCCCACCACCACCACAAAGACUACUACAGCCCCACGCCCACGUCCAACAAAAGCCAGUCAUAGACCUCCAGGCACCAGCCAGAGAACCACAGCUAGACCGCUCACCCCUUCCCACACGCUAAGGAAGCCUGGAAGGGCCACAACGCCCAGACCGGGCUACGCCACCACAAGAGCCCCUCACAAGAGAACCACACCCUCAAACACUAUCGUUGCCCCAGGUAGGAAAACUGCCCCCUCAAGGUUCACCCCUACCCCCGGGCCCCGAGCCCUGCUUACCCCAACAGGAAGGGGGCCCUCUUCGGUCACUAUGAGACCUCUGAACCCCCCACACACCACCAGACAUCCCCAGACGACCCCCCAACCCCAGACCAGCCCCCGCCCCAGGCUCCAGACCACUCCUCGUCCAGCCUACUGGACCCCAGCCCCCAAGCCCACCUCCAAGACCCUGAGGCCUAGUGUCACCCUCCCCAAGGCCCAGGACAACCCCCUGAAGCCGCGGGGCGACAAGAUGGACAGCUCCAGCCCCAACCAGGUCCACAAGGGCCGCGGCCAGGGUUCGAAACCCCCCGGAGGCAGGCAGAGGCGCAGGAAGUCACGGGCGGGCUCGGUGAGACUGGUCAAUGCCAACCAGCGUCUGGACAGGGGGCGGGUGGAGAUCUUCAUAAGGGGGGAGUGGGGGACGGUGUGUGAUGACCUGUUCACCAGCAGCGCGGCAACAGUGGUGUGUCGCCAGCUGGGGUACCCCUUCGCGCUGCGCGUGGCUAAGAGGGCGGAGCUAGGGGAAGGAAGUAGCGGUAUGCGCAUCCUGUUGGACGACGUCGAGUGUGAGGGGACGGAGAGGACGCUGUUGGACUGUAAGCGGGCCAAAGUGGGAAAACACAACUGCUCCCACCAGGAGGAUGUGGGGGUGGUGUGUGGAUACCUGGAGGAAGAGUGAGCCGGAGAAGGUUCUCAGAUGCAGCCUCAAGCUGAUUGCGAUCCAAGCUCCGAUUCUCCAAAAUCCUCAAUUUUUUCUUUACCUUCCUGCUUUCCUCUGUCCCUCAACCCACCUGUGGAGUGUGGAGGGAGAUGAACUGGACCAGGACUGUGUUUUCUCUGGGACACCAACAGGGGGCUGCUCUCCUAGUCACAACGAUUGAAACAACACACCUUUAUAUGGCGGACAAUUACAUACUGCCCUUUUAAACUGAGAAAAAAGUUACAGUUGUUUUUUUCACAUAUUUUUUUUAUACAAUGUGAGAUGAGAUGUGUAGAAGUAAUACAUCAAAAGAUAAUGAUUAUGCGUGAUGAUUAAUUAAAUGAAAAAUGCUGGCCAUUCUGUACUUUACUGUAUAAUAUAUCAAAUUCAACGGAGUGUAUGUAAACUGGUUCUUGGCACAGGGUGCCAUUUGUUACAGGGUGCCAAUAAACGAUAGUUCACAA